UUCAAUUGCAGAUAAAGAAGAACCUGUGAUCUUAGCUGUAACAAGUUCUGAAUUACCAUUUGAUAAGUAUAAGCGUUGGCAGUGGUGGCUUAUGGUGGCAAUCAGAAUAACCUUUCUUAUUAUAGGCGAAUCAGCUGCGGUUAUCCUCGGAAGAUUUUAUUAUGAACAAGGUGGAAGUAGUAAAUGGAUGGCUACUUUAGUCCAAACUGCUGCCUUCCCAAUCCUGCUCAUUCCAUUAUUUUCAAUUCCUUCGUCUCGCGAGGCUUCAGCUUCUUCGGCUCCUCCACCUUCCAUCAAAGUUCUUGUUUUGAUAACUUUUGUUCUAGGAGUCCUAAUUGCUGCUGACAAUAUGAUGUACUCUACUGGACUCUUAUACCUCUCUGCUUCUACUUAUUCACUGAUUUGUGCUUCCCAGUUAGCUUUCAAUGCGGUUUUCUCCUAUUUCAUCAAUUCUCAUAAGUUCACUGCUUUGAUCAUAAACUCUACAGUGGUUCUCACUUUAUCUGCUUCCCUACUUGUUGUUAAUGAAGACUCAGAUGAACCAUCAGGUUUAUCCAAAGGGAAUUACAUUGUUGGUUGCCUUGUUACCCUUGGAGCUUCUGCACUUUACUCUCUUAUACUUUGCCUAAUGCAACUGUCCUUUGAGAAGGUUCUGAAAAAGGAAACAUUUUCUGUUGUUUUGGAAAUGCAAAUAUACACAUCUCUCGUCGCUACUUGUGCUUGCACCAUAGGCCUAUUAGCAAGCGGGGAAUGGCGCGGUUUGCACAGAGAAAUGGAGGGUUUUCACAAGGGAGAAGCUUCUUAUGUGUUGACUUUGGUGUGGACCGCAGUAGCGUGGCAGGUUUGUUCUGUUGGUGCUGUUGGCUUGAUUUUCCUAGUGUCUUCGCUCUUCUCCAAUGUUAUCAGUACUGUCUCCUUGACAGUAACUCCUAUUGUUUCUGUUAUAGUGUUCCAUGAUAAGAUGAAUGGGGUGAAGAUAAUUUCCAUGCUUGUGGCUAUCUGGGGUUUGGCCUCUUAUAUCUAUCAGAAUUAUAUUGAUGAUUUAAAGGCAAGACGCGCGCAAGCUGUUGUUUCUAAGUCAAGCAAUGGUUCUUCCUGUUGAGAAUAUUCAAACUGGGAACAAUCAACGAAUGUCUUUGCUCAAAGUACUUUCUUUCCUUCUAAUCUUUUUGGCUUUAAUUAGUCCUUCAGUGAGCAGCUGCUAGUCUUAGAUUCUAUUUCUCUUUCAGGCUUAAAGAAAUAGUGAGCUAGUUAGGUUAUGAGGUUCUUGGCCACUCUGGAUGUUGAAUGAAAAGGUCUCUCAGAAGGGCUUAAAUUCUCUGCUCUUUUGAUUCUUGCUUUUAUGAUAUUUUGAAUAGUUUCUGGUGAUUAUUGGAACUUUGGAAGUCUUGGGAUUAUUGUUGUUAGGUUUUCUUUCCUUUUAUCUUCUUUUU